AUGGACUUGUGGAACUGGGAUGACGCAUCACCGCAGGAAGUGCCCCCCGCGACCAAGCUGUCCGGGCUGGACGGAGCCGAAUUUAGUCUUUAUUUCCCUGAGCUGGCGCUCCCAGGGGACACACCAACAGUGGAGCCGAGCUGGACAGGGUUCCCAGGGCCGGACUGGAGCCCCGCGGUACCGCCUCCCGACGCUUCCUGGGGCGCUGACCGGACAGAGUCGCCGUGCGCCGCCUCGGACCCUUGGAGCCGCUUCGCCCAGGCCCUGGGCCCCGCCCCCUGGGCUGGGUCCGCAGGGGCGGCUGGCCAGAACUGUGCCCCCUCGGCGGGGGAGGCCACCUCGUGGUCGCACACCCAGGCCGCCCGGAGCACCACCAGCUGGGACUGUCCGGCGGGCUCCGACGGCGCCAGCUACUGGGGCAACGGCCUGGGCGGGGAGCCGGGCGCCGACUGCACCGUGUCGUGGGGCGGGCCCGCGGGCUCGGACUGUACGCCCUCCUGGAACCCGGGGCUGCGCACGGACUGCGCCACCUCUUCGGGGUACCAGAGUUCAGCCAGCGCCUCUCCGUCCAAACCGAGCCAGCAGCCGGACCGCGCCACUUUGGCUCGUUUCCCCAAAACCAACCACCGAGGUCCCAUUCAGCUGUGGCAGUUCCUCCUGGAGCUGCUCCACGACCGGGCGCGUAGCAGCUGCAUCCGCUGGACGGGCAACAGCCGCGAGUUCCAGCUGUGCGACCCCAAAGAGGUGGCGCGGCUGUGGGGCGAGCGCAAGAGGAAGCCGGGCAUGAAUUACGAGAAGCUGAGCCGCGGCCUGCGCUACUACUACCGCCGGGACAUCGUGCGCAAGAGCGGCGGGCGCAAGUACACGUACCGCUUCGGGGGCUGCGUGCCCGGCCUCGCCUGCGUGGCCUGUGCGGGCGACGGGCAGCCGGCAGAGACCCCGUGAGCGCAGCCUCCCACGCGCGUGCUCGUGCGUCUUCCCCGCCGGCGCCCUGCGUGUGCGCCCCGACACGCGCGGACACCCUCAGCGCUCUCACGGAAUCCCUUGGCCAGUGCCUUCCCCUCUCCCCCAGGGGCCCUCCCCUCGGGGGCGCCUAAGCCCCGCCCGUCGCUGCCAGUCUCGGGUGCCCGGGCCCCGCCUCGCCGUCCCCCGAGUUAGUUCGGGCGGUGCGGAGACGCCCACUUCCUGGGCUGGGAGACCCAGACCCUCCGGGAGCUCGCCGUGUGCCCAGCCUGAGGGGAGACGUGGGAAGAACCAACGCCAGUGCCCACGGGGCCCGCGCUAAACCUACGCACCUGCAUCCCAUAGGGGCACCGGUUCGAGUCCCGGCUGCCCCACUUCAAUCCAGCUCCCUGCUAAUAAGCCUGGGGAAGCAACAGAAGCUGGGCCAAGUGCUUGGGCCCCUGCACAGCUGUGGAAGACCCGGAAGAAGCUCCUGGCUGGACUUCGACCUGGCCCAGCCCAGCCCAUUGCGGCCAUUUGGAGAGUGAACUAGCGGAUGGAAGAUCUGUCCAUCUCCACUCUCUCUCUGUACUGUGCCUUUCAAAUAUAUACUAAUCCUUUUGAAAAUAGAAAUGUAUGAUUUUACCCAUUUUUAAUAUUUUGGUCUAGCAACUUGUGAUACAUAGAUGACAAUCUUGUUUUUCAAAUGUGUGUACAGGUUUUU